AUGGCAGUUAUGGACUUUCCUAAGUUGCCUGUCGCCCACGACGGGCUGGUAAACUACAUUACCAACCAUCCUGAGACUCCAAUCAAGGAAAUAAUGGAGCCCUAUCGCAAAUUCGAGGCCAAAUUACGUGAAGUAUACGCUCAGGAGCGCAACAAUCCAGUCUUGGACGACCCCUAUCUCAAUGUUCUACCCCUUUUCACUAAAGACACGAUAAACAUCAAGACUCGUGCUCGUAACCUUGAGGCAGAAUCCCCUAGCGAGAAAGAGAAGUACAUUAUGUCUCUCCCGGAUGACAAGCGACGUCCAAACGGCUCACCCGCCGUCGUUACUUCUCUCAAAGAGUUUCGCCGCAACUUCGGCAUCUUUUCCGAGUCCUCUCUCGGCGAGAUGGACUGGAGCAAUGUCGUUGCCGCCGGUUCAUCCGUAGUUAACUGUCUCCUACCUGUUCCCGAUCGGUAUAAUCAUUCCAAGAGAGCUCUUCGCGAGUAUUACCAUCAGAAGUUCUGCCCGGCUUCUGACGUCGACUUGUUCUUGUACGGACUCGAUGAGCAGCAGGCUAUCGAGAAGAUCAAGGACAUCGAAGCUCGGAUUCGCGACGCAAUCCUCUCCGAGGUGACAGUUGUGCGAACUAAGAAUGCCAUCACUAUUUGCAGUCAAUAUCCUACUCGCCACAUCCAGAUUGUUCUUCGAGUGUACAAGUCCAUCUCGGAGAUUCUCACCGGGUUUGAUAUCGACUGCUCUUGUGCUGCUUAUGACGGAGAACAUGUCUAUUGCUCUCCACGAGCUCUAGCCUCGUAUAUCACCCAGAUAAACCCUAUAGAUCUUAGUCGGAGGAGUCCCUCCUACGAGAAUCGUCUUUCCAAGUAUAGCCACCGGAACUUUGAGGUUUACUGGACAGAACUUGACCGAUCUCGGGUCGACCCAACUAUCUUCGAGCGCAGCUUCCAGAGAGUCCUUGGACUAGCCCGUCUACUCGUUUUAGAACGGCUACCGACCACGAACGCUAGAGAUGAAUAUAUGAAGAAACGCAGACAGGAAAGGGGCCGACCGGAACUACCUUUUCGCUACCAGCACCGUCUCCGUGGAAAUAUUAAAGACAUCCACGAAGAUGAAGUGGCAGAUUGGGUCGAUGAGGAUGAAGUUGCUAACUACCAUACUUUUACCAUUCCCUACGGCGAGAAAUUCCACGCUAAGAAGAUCGAAAAACUUUGCUAUACCAAGGACUUGCUUCUGAACGCCGAAUGGAACCAACCUAAAGAAAGGGAGGUCUAUCUUCACAGGCACCCCGCCUUCUUCGGAAGAGUCCAAGAUGUGAUCGGCGACUGCUGUGGUACCUGCCCGAAGCCCGAGACUCCCGAAGAGAUCGAAGUAGCCGAGAAGGAGAGCGAGAUUUACGUGUCGGGGAAAGCGACCUUUCGUAUUGACGACCCGGGCAGACAGCAAAUCGGUUCAUUCAAUCCGCUCACCGAGGAUGACUGGACCGAGAUGGCGUAUGUUGGCAAUACUGCUCGACUCUGCCAGGCUAUUAUCGAUGACGAUCUCGAGCACGUGGAAGAUUGGCUCUCACAAGAAGGCGCCGACCCCAACAAGAGGGAUUACACAGGCCGAACCCCACUACACCUCGCCGUCAUCAGCUCGACUCCUCAGAUCGUGAAGUGUUUAGUUGAUCACGGAGCACGUCUUAUUGCCCGCCUAGCGGAUGGUCGAACCGCGCUUCACCUAGCCGCAGCGCGAGGCGAUAUUGAGAUAUUAAGGAUUCUCCUGGAGAAGAGUAAUGCUAACGAGGAAGCGGAAGAAGAUAAGCUCGACCGGCGUCGCAAAGAUCGUAAUGCAACAGACAAAGGCAUUCAACCUGGCGAAGCUGAUGAGAAGUCCGGCCACGAAUCUGACGAUGAAGGCUCCGAUCCCGAGAUGGUAAGCGAUGAAGAAUCCGAAGAUGGUGACGACGUGCAGUCUGUAACCACCGGAUCAUUUGUCAAGGUCCGCAAAGACGGAAAGGCCGACGACGAAGACGCCGUAAUCCUCGAAAACGACCAGAGCGAACCAGAUUUCUACAAGAUCAACACCGUCGCUUGGGACUCGAAAUGCAGUCCUCUGCAUCUCGCCAUCCUCGGAGGUCACUGCGAAGUUGUCAGGCUCCUAUGCCAAGAAUUUGGCGCCGACGUGCUCUUGCCCGUUAAAUUCGGCGACGGGUCAUAUUCGAACCCCAACGUUGCCAUCUUGACAUUGACCUUGGCUUUAGCUCUCCCGACUGAUAAGGCCAUACCUAUGGUAGAAACAUUGUUGAGCUUAGGCGCCACGUCUUCGCAAGCCGAGACAAACGGCGUGACCGCGUUCCAACGAUACGUUCGGAGCGGCAGGCUGGAACUAAUCGAGAGCCUAUUAGAGAAGGACAAGAUCGGCCUUCAAAAUGCGAUCAAUCAUAUGGCCUCUCACGGUAGCUACUAUGGUAGUAGUACGACCAACCCACUGAUCACAGCUCUCGGUGUAGAUAGCCGGGAGAUCGUGCCCAAGCUACUCGAAGCCGGAGCAAAGGUUGAAAUAAACUACGAAGACUGGUUGAAGGGUGCCAAACUCUCCUUCGGUUAUCAACUGGGUAAUUACGAGAGGGACCUUCAGGUAUUCAAAGAUAAUACCGAGCAACCCCUAAUUGUGGCUAUUAGAUCUCGGCAUCCCGCUAAUGCUGUCGAGCUACUGGAGAAAGGAGCCGAUCCAAACACAAUGACUAUGGUGAGCCAUAAUGUCGCUAAGGGUCAGGGCUCUAGCUAUAGCAAGGGCCAAACCUCAUUGGAUCUCACUCGUGAUAUACUUGGACAGGCUCGCGAAUAUAGGGGAACGUUGGUUGAAACGAGUCAAACGCCCCAGUCUGGAGAGGUAUCAAGCUUCUUUAACGCGCGAUCAAACAAUCGUCAGAAGCGCCCAGUUGAACCUUUCGGAACCGAAGAGUUCCUGGCAAAAUUUAGCGAAGGAACUUACCAGCACUGGGUCGUCUCUAUGGAUGUUACCGAAAAACUCGAGCGUCACAAGCGUGACCUGAAGUUCUUCGAGGAGCAAAAGGAAAAGGAUGCCAACUUACAAGACGAAACGGAGAAACUUGACGUCCUCGAGGAUGUCAUCUCGCAACUUGAAGGCCUGGAGAAGGCCCUCGAGGCUAAGGGUGCGAAAACUUUCAAGGAACUAUAUCCUGACGCUCGAGAACCUCAGCUACCCACGAGAUAUACGCACCCGACCCAGGAACCAACGGCAUACGCCCUGGAGUUCAAUUUUACCAAUGCCCCGGAUGUCACAGAGACAAGAAAAGCCGCAUAUAUCAAACUUUUCGAGGCGGUUUGGGCCGGUGACCUUCCUACGAUCAAGUCGCUUACCCUGGCUUCGUGGGACGCAGAUAAGCGGGAACCGCCUCUUAAGAUAGCAGUGUCCGACGUUAAGUUCAACAAUCCGUUUUCGCUCGCGUUCAUACGCGGGCAUUACGAGGUAGCGAAAGCGAUUCUGGAGAUCGCCCAGGCCCAGUGGGCACCAAACGAGGAGAAGACGACCCGGUUCACGAUGAACAAGGACGAAGAUGAGGAUUCGGCAGAGUCUGACAGUGACGACGAACCCGAAAUAUACGAAAAAAUCAUCGACGACAAAUUCACUAUCGAGAACGUCGGCCAAAUCUCUAUGCAAGUCAAGAGCCAGACCACCGCGAGCGCACUUCUCAACUGGCCGACGCCAACACGCAUACUCCGCGACGGCUCGCUCACGGGGAGCAUACAUAGGCAAACCCCCCUUUUUGCCGCUAUAGACCAGAACGAUGCGAAAGCCUUCAACUUUUUGAUCGACAUGCAUAUUUACUUUGCCAGCAAGGAGCCCGUCGGCGAAGACGAGUCGAGCCGAUUCUACAAAUUUCCGCAGGAUCUAUUCGAGAAUGCUUUGAGGCUCGGCCGAACAGAUAUGCUCGCGAGCGUCAUCAAGCGAACCGGGGCAGGGAUCCCGAUAGACGACCUGGUGAACAACACCGGUGCCGAGCUGAAAGUGAAACCUCGCUACUAUCAAGGUCUGAGCGUCUACGGAAAGAAGAGAGCGGACUGGGCUACAGCCGGUCGUAGCCUCGUCGUCAAGACUACGGGAAGCAAAAUACCACCGUUGCUCACCGCUGCUCUUCGAGGUUCCUUGGAAUCUACGGAGUGGUUCGUCAGCGACGCACCGAUGCGGCUCUAUUCGGAGUUUGGCAAAUCCAAGAUCGCCAAGGAGGAUCCUCGCCUCAAGCACUUGAGCGACGCCCCCGGCGGAUUCGACAGAGCUAUCGCAACGUGGCUCGGAGCGCAGAAUGACCUCGUCAUCCACUGCGCCGUGAUGGGUGCGUAUACGGAGAAGACGAACAAACUCAUCGAGUAUCUGAUCAAGGUGUGCCCGUCGUCGUUCGAGGCCAAGUCCGAACAAGGGUGGACCCCUCUAUAUCUGGCAUGCCUCCUCGGCAGGGUCGAUUUUGCAAAGACGCUGAUCGACGCCGGAGCCGACCAGUCGGUGAAGGAUAAGGAGCUAAACAACAUCAUCCACGCUUCUCUAAUAAACUUGCCGACCGCAGCGGGGCAGCUCAAGCUCGAUCGUCUCCGGGCCCUCCUAAACCUCUUCGAUCCAGAUCUCAGAGCGCACAUGUUCCUGCAACGAAAUAACCUCGCUAGCGGCGGUGACACUCCUCUUCACUCCUGGCUCAAGACCGCCAACCGCCUCACGUAUUAUCCAACGAACCAACGUUGGCCCGCUCAUCAGCUACUCAACGACGAAGACCUCCAGAACAUCGACGUUCUGCGCCUACUCUUGGAAUUUUCCGGCGGCGCAGAACUCGGCAUCCUCAACGGCUCCGGCGACACCAUCCUCCACACCGCAGUGCUUCGCCAUCUAGCAGAACAUACCCAGGUGCUCCUCAACCAGAGCCCUAGCUUGGCGUAUCGCGAGAACGCAGUCGGCCGCACCCCCAGCGAGAUCGCGUACGACCUCUUCAUCAACUCCAAGGUCGAGUCCCAGGAGUCCGUCGAGCUUAACAGAAACGCCGAUCAUAUAAUCGCCACGCUGAAGAAUGGCAACCACGAGAUGCUGGGUCGCUACAGGCGGCGUAGAGAUGGUGCCAGACAAGACACCAUCGGCAAGAAUUGUAAAGAAUAUACCUGGCGGGUCCUCGAGGCGCACCUCGCCAAGGUCGACGGCAAGCGUCGCCUCGUCAGCCUCAACGAGGCCAACGACGUGGCCAAGCGGCUAGGUGAGAGCUACUCCUGGCAGCGAUACUACCAGAAACCCACGGCUACCGACACAGAGCGGGCGGAAGAGGAGCAGCAGCAGCAGCAGCCGCAGGAAGACAAGCUGGUCGGCUUCAUGGCUACGCAGUACGAAGCGGCGAAGGGGAGAGCUUGGAUUGCUAAGGACAAAGACGAGGCGGUUGUUCCCCAAGCUACUUUUGUUUCUAGGAUGGGUCUCUAUUACGCCUAG